AUUUGUGUGAUAUCAGCCGUAAUCGAGAAAUUCAAAAUAUUAUCACAAAAAAUACAAUAAUAAAAGUAUUGAUAAAAGUUAUCAUUCCUUAUAUUCGAUUAUGUCCACAUGUAAUCAUCUUAUACCUGAUAAAAUUCUACAAUUUAAAACAUUGACAAUAAUUGGACAGAUUUGAAUGUAUUUUAAACAUUUUUCGUAAAUUAGAAUAUACAACUUUUAAACAUGUUAAAAAUCAAGUUAACUAAAAGUUUUAUUUUUUUAUAAUUAUUAUUGAUUAAUUAAAUUUUUUUCUUUUAGUAUUUGUUAAUUAUUUUUACUAAUUAAAAAAAUAAAAUAAAACCUGUUGUGAUAUUUAACUUUUCAAAAGAUAUCAUGAGUGUAAAAAGAUUACAAAUAGAUGUAAAAAGACUGCUAGCAGUAUGUGAAGAAAUGGCUCAAAAUAAUUCAUCGGAUGAUUGGCGACUUAGCAAAUAUAUAGAAGCUGUAAGUGAAAUGAUAGCAGAGUUAAUAAAGAAAAGCAAUAUAGAAAAAGACAUAAUUAAUGAAUACACUAAGAGAAUGGAGUUUUUAAAAGGAUUUUUGAAUACUAAAGACAUAGAAAAUACUGAAGAAAAAUUAGUAGCUUUAGAAAUGUUAGAACCAGUACAUGUAAAUAAUAGUCGUUCAAAAAAUAUUAAACAAAAAUUCAAAAUAACUUAUGCAAAUCAACUCAGAGAUGAAUUACUUGGAAAUGAAUUAAAAACUUCUUCGAAUAUUGAAAGUAGUGAUAACUUAGAUGAGUUAUUAAAGCAUCAUCAAAACAAACAAGAAUCUGUUGCUGAAGAACUAAUGUCUAUUACUAAAAGUUUACGAGAACAUUCAGAAUUAGCAGGAAAAAUUAUAAAAAAAGAUAUUGAAGUUCUAGAAAAAUCAUCCAAGGGUAUGGAUGAUAAUUUUGAAAAUUUAAAACGUGAAGAACAGCGAUUAUCUGAGUUUGUAAGAAAAAGUUCGUGGAGGUGUUGGAUAUGGGUUUUAGCAGUAGCUAUGUUUGCUAUAUUUAUAAAAAUGAUUUUGUUUAUUAGAAUCACAAAAAAAAAUUGAUGUUUAAUUCGAUUUUAAGUAUAAUUUUUUUAUACUGAAUUUAGUUGUGUAUCUAAAAAAAUAUUAUUGAAUUUUUAUAUAAGUUUGAAAAUACAAUUUUGUUAAAUAUUUAUUGUAAAUUCUAUUAUAAAGUGAAAUAUUAUUUUAUGUAAAGUUUUU